AUGGAUGAAGAGAGGAAUAGAGAGAUGGAUAAAUAUGUGAUAAAGCAUUUCCUGUUCAAACAUGGAUCUGGUUCCUCUGCUAUCUUCAGUGCAGCCAGUCAGAACUACCCUCUGACGUCCAAUACGGUGUACUCGCCCCCUCCCAGGCCGCUUCCUCGAAGCACCUUUUCCCGACCUGCCUUUACCUUUAACAAACCUUACAGGUGCUGCAAUUGGAAGUGCACGGCCCUGAGCGCCACUGCAAUCACAGUGACUUUGGCCUUGCUACUAGCCUAUGUGAUUGCAGUACAUUUGUUCGGCCUGACUUGGCAGUUGCAACCAGUUGAAGGAGAGCUCUAUGCAAAUGGAGUUAGCAAAGGGAACAGAGGGACCGAGUCCAUGGAUACUACUUACUCUCCAAUUGGAGGAAAAGUUUCUGAUAAAUCAGAGAAAAAAGUGUUUCAGAAGGGACGGGCAAUAGACACCGGAGAAGUUGACAUUGGCGCACAGGUCAUGCAGACCAUUCCACCUGGCUUAUUCUGGCGUUUCCAGAUUACUAUCCACCAUCCAAUAUAUCUGAAAUUCAAUAUUUCUUUAGCCAAGGACUCUCUGCUGGGAAUUUAUGGCAGAAGAAACAUUCCACCUACACAUACUCAGUUUGAUUUUGUAAAACUAAUGGAUGGCAAACAACUGGUCAAGCACGACUCCAAGGGCUCCGAAGAUACCCAGCACUCCCCUCGUAACCUAAUCUUAACCUCACUUCAGGAGACAGGUUUCAUAGAGUAUAUGGAUCAAGGGCCUUGGUAUCUAGCAUUUUACAAUGACGGAAAAAAGAUGGAGCAAGUAUUCGUGUUAACUACAGCAAUUGAAAUAAUGGAUGACUGUUCAACCAAUUGCAAUGGAAAUGGAGAGUGUAUCUCUGGCCAUUGUCAUUGUUUCCCAGGAUUCCUUGGACCUGACUGUGCUAGAGAUUCGUGCCCUGUGCUGUGUGGAGGAAAUGGAGAGUAUGAGAAAGGACACUGUGUCUGCCGGAAUGGCUGGAAGGGGCCAGAGUGCGAUGUUCCAGAAGAACAAUGUAUUGACCCUACGUGCUUUGGUCACGGCACCUGCAUCAUGGGAGUCUGCAUCUGUGUGCCAGGAUACAAAGGAGAAAUAUGCGAGGAAGAGGACUGCUUAGACCCAAUGUGUUCCAGCCAUGGCAUCUGUGUAAAAGGAGAAUGUCACUGUUCUACUGGCUGGGGAGGAGUCAACUGUGAAACUCCACUUCCUAUAUGUCAAGAGCAGUGCUCAGGACAUGGGACUUUUCUUCUGGACACUGGAGUAUGCAGCUGUGAUCCCAAGUGGACAGGAUCUGACUGCUCAACAGAUGAAGUACCCUAA